AUGACCGAGUUAGCUGAAGUACCUGUCCUUAAUUCUCGCAUUCGCGGCAAAAGAAAAGAGACCGAAGACCCUGAGGUCGCUGAGUAUUUUAAAGCAAAAGACUUGUUUACACAAGGUAUCAAUAUCGCGUCAAAGAUUCCGGAUGAUUCGAAUGAAGAAACUUUGAAAGCCCAUGAGAAAGAGAUUCAUGAAUCUACAAAAUGUCUUGUCGAAGCCUUUUUAUUAGACGAGAAAGCAACUGAGAUGUCACCUAGAAUUAUGACACUUGCUCAACAAUAUGAAAAACUUUUAAAAUUACAAUAUGGUGUAGAAGAUAAUGAAAAGAAAGAGAAUGAGGAAGUAUCGGAAGAAGCAGUCGAGGAUGAGAAAGGCAAGGAAGUGGUAGAGGCAAAGAAAUCGGAGAAAGAUUUGUCUCUUCCGGAGGAGGCGGAUACAUUCGAACCGGAGUUUACAAGGGAACAACUUGAUUCAUCUCUUCAUCCUCGUCUUCUCCAUCUUCGCGCUUCAUGUUAUCUUGCAGCUGGAGAACACAAACAUUGUAUCAAAGACCUUGAACGCUUGGUGUCUAUUAAUCCCAAUUUUGUUGAUGCUUAUAACAUUAUGGGAUCUAUAUAUAGAUCACAGGGUGAUCGAAUGGAGGCUACACGUAACUUUAAAACUUACAUUGAAAAGGCCAAUAAAGAUUCGACUUCUUAUGCACCUGCUCUUUACGCUUUAUCUGCACUUACGAUUCAAAAUGCCAAUGCAACGACGAUAGGUAAUCGAAAACAGGUCACACAAAAUUUACGUACUCAACAAGCUUCAAAUUACUUCGGAAGAGCUAAAGAAGCGGAAGAAAGAUACAAAUAUCUUUAUGGACGCACCCCUGAGAUGACCGAUGCUAAACGUACUGCAGUCGCACUUUUCGAACCAGAACAGUUAAAAGAAAGUACUAAAGUGGAAAAAGGAUCCAAAAAGGAGGCUGAGAAAUUAAAAAUUUUGCAACGAUUCCUUGAUCAGAAUAAUCAGGGUAAAAAGUGUAAUUCUUGUAGCAGCCAAGUGCGAAAAGAUGUAAAUGGAGAUGUAAGUAAUGAAAAGAAAUCACAAUUGUUAGUUUGCUCUGGUUGUGGACGUGUGAAUUAUUGUUCCAAGGAAUGUCAAAAGAAUGAUUGGAAAAAUGGACAUAAACAACAAUGUGCAAUGUUGAAAGGUGCAACAUUGAAAGGAGUAAACAGCGACAAAUAG